AUGCAUAAUAAACUUGACCUUCUUACAACUGCACAUCAUGAACUUAAAAACACUUAUCCUAAUGAAGAAGAGUGGAAAAUUAUUAAUAAUAUAAUUUAUUUACUAGGACCAAUGCAUGAUGCAACAGAAAUUUUUUUCAAAAGUUCAUAUCCAAGUAUUUCUGAUAUUCAUUUAACUUUUAUAGGAUUAUUUAUUCAUAUUGAUCAAUUUAAAGUUUAUAAUUCACAUUUAGAAGCUGAAU